GCUGGGGAGAAGCGCACGCGCAGAAGCGCUCGCCGCACGCCCGGCCGCCCCUUCGUCGAGCAGCGAAAGUGGUAUCGCGUGAGAUUCGCAGCCAAUAAGGAGGCGGAACUGGCAGCCGGUUCGCGGUCGCCGGUAGAUACUGCAAGACUGAAGUCAGAGUGGACCUCUCUUCUGGUGCAGCUGCUUUUUUCACUUCUCAGGCAUCACUGAGAGCUCAGCACCAAGACUAAACUCUACUGUUUAAGAAUGGAAGCAGAUGCAUCUGUUGACAUGUUUUCAAAAGUCUUGGAGAAUCAGUUGCUUCAGACUGCCAAACAAGUAGAAGAACAUUUGGAUUCUGAAAUUCAGAAACUGGAUCAGAUGGAUGAGGAUGAACUUGAACGCCUCAAAGAAAAGAGACUUGAGGCACUAAGGAAGGCUCAACAGCAGAAACAAGAAUGGCUUUCCAAAGGACAUGGGGAAUAUAGAGAAAUCCCUAGUGAAAGAGACUUUUUUCAAGAAGUCAAGGAGAGUAAAAAAGUUGUUUGCCAUUUCUACAGAGACUCCACAUUCAGGUGUAAAAUACUAGACAGACAUUUGGUGAUACUGUCCAAGAAACACCUCGAGACCAAGUUUUUGAAACUGAAUGUGGAAAAAGCACCUUUCCUUUGUGAGAGACUGCGUAUCAAAGUCAUUCCCACACUAGCACUGGUAAAAGAUGGGAAAACACAAGAUUAUGUUGUUGGAUUUACUGAUCUAGGAAAUACAGAUGACUUUACCACAGAAACUUUAGAAUGGAGGCUCGGUUGUGCUGAUAUUCUUAAUUACAGUGGAAAUUUAAUGGAGCCACCAUUUCAGAGCCAAAAGAAAUUUGGAACAAAUUUCACAAAGCUGGAAAAGAAAACUAUCCGAGGAAAGAAAUAUGAUUCAGACUCUGAUGAUGAUUAGAGCUCAGUUACAACACUUUGUAAAUUGUCUUUUUAUUUGUGCUUCAGAUCUAAAUGUGUUUUUUCUAAAUUUUGUUGAUUUUGUACAUUGGACAUGUAAUACUUACAUCCUAAAGUUUUAUACAGUUGCAUCACAUUGAAGGUCAUCUUUACUGUUUUCUGUGUGGCAUCAUGUUUAAGUUGAGGAAAACUUCAGAGUUCUUAUAUUACCUGGGAGGAGUCCAGAUUCUCUAUUUUUGAGGUUGGUUUUAUCACAAUAUGAUUCUUAACAUGGUUAUACCAUUCACAAUUGUGUUUUUAAUCUGCUGAAUUAGAAAUUCAAAAAUAUUUCAAGACUAAUUCUUAGUCAACAUUAUUUACUUUACACACUGCACUUGUAAAUGAAUUAUUAAUAUAAACCCUCUUCACUUCUGAAAUAUAUUUAAGUAUUAAAGAAUUGCUUAUUUAUUUUGGAUGCUACAUGGUGAUGGUGAAUCAGCUGAUGGCAGCAGGUUGUGAACAUACUACCUUAUUUAAAGGGUCCUGAUUGCUUGUAUUUUAACAGAUUCAUUUAAAAGUAAUCAGGAAGCACUUUUGGAAUGAUAGCAUAAAGAACAUCUCUGACACUCUGCAGUAAAACAACU